AGGCAGUUUGGCUCUGGCAAGUUCCCCCGCAAACUUGGUGCGGCUGCCGGUGGCCAAAGGCCGAAGUGCCAAUGGCAGACGCGCCACCGCUCCCGUCGCACGAUGGCUUGAUCAACGGAGUGCCCUAUAGGAUCGAGAGAACCCAGGAGCAAGCAGAGGAGAAUCAGCAAGGCUCCUUCGUCCUUUUCGGGAGGGCACUUGGACCUACCCUGGCUCACCCAGGCUUCGAGUCUUUUGCCAACUCGCCCUACGUCGAUUUGGAGCGGGAGUACCAGUAUCCCCCAGAUUAUCGAUGUAUCCUGCCGCCCUUGGCACUGGUGACAGUUGCUGGCUUUGGCAUUUGUUUCAUGAUGCCCGUGUCCCUCGUGGGUGCAUUGGUGGCCUCCCAGAUCGGCCUUCUCGCUUGCUGCACAGGCUGCGCUUUCGCGUGCCUCAACGUUGGCCACUUCUUUCGGGAGCCCAGAAGUCCUCCCCAGCCUUUGUCGCGCACCGAGUUGCGCCACUUGAUUGGCCGCACCGCGUGCACCUUCUGGACCAUAAUAUUUUUCUUCGCAGGUCUCAUUCUGCACAUGGCCACGGCGGAUGGCGAUAGCAUACUGGAGGGCGAGCUGUUUCUCAUGGAAUCCUUGGGGGCGGUUGUUGUGCUGGUGCCUGCUUGGUUCUUGGCCAACAGAAUCACCAAACAUCCCGUGAAGGCCGGGUUCAUGAUGAGCUUCUUCUGGUCUGGAGCCAUUUUCUCGACCGAGCUGGCAGGCGUUUUCAACACUGCUCUGCUGCUGUUCUGGCAAUCGCUGGAUCCAACCUGCAACGCCGCAAUUCCCCAAGGUCCAAGCUGGCCCUUUGACGCCCCCUCCGCCAGCUGCGUGGGGAAGGCGGCCCUGGAAUGGAUUCUCACUCCAGGCAUUGUGGAGGAGUCGCUCAAGUUUGUGGUUCUCACGCGCUUGGUGACAUCAUUGGAGGAGGCGGUGAAUUCGCAGGCGCUGACACGGUGCCCGCGAAUGUCCAUGUGGCCGGGCUUGCCCUGCUGCGGCUGGUUCCUAAAGCUGGCCAGCUCCCCGGCACUCGUGGUGCUCGCCGGCAUGUCGGCCGGCGCCGGGUUCGGCAGUAUGGAAAACGUGCAGUACAUCGCCAAGUUGUCGGGCCUGGUCAAAGCCACUGGCGACAUUGGGCCGGCCUCGGUGCGGGUCUUUACGGCCAUGCUGCACAUAGCAAUGACAGGCACCUGCGCGUUCUUCCUGGCAAUCAGCAUGUUCUCCCCGGGCAAGCCAAAAUUCGUCAAGUACAUUGGCUGGGCACUGAUGGUGCUUGGACACGGUACCUAUGAUGCCUUCUGCACCUUUCAAUCUCAGCUUGACCUGGAUUCUUGCUUCACCCGAGCGACUUGCAUCCUGGACAUCACCGGAGUGGAGAUUUGCGAAUUCUCCAAAAGCGCGCCGCUGAUGCGUUGCCUGUGCCCGGGCACAGCUGUGGUCAACGAAGACACUCGGAAAUGCGCCGUCAAUGCCACGGUGGCACCUGAAAGGGACGACAGCCUAGAGGAGUAUGCGAUCAUCUUGAACGUGUCCGUGCCGGAUGUUCAUGAGGAAGUGAUGCCUUUGGCAUUGCAGACCCCGCAGAAGGCUGCAGCCUGGUUGAAGUCUUCUGUGGGCGCCCACGCGAUCCAGUGCCCCAUGAAACAUCCGGAGAACUACGUGUGCGGGCCGGCCAUGGUGUCAUGGUGGCCUGGUGCCUGGACCAGUUGGCUCCUGGGCUCCGGCAUGAUCCUCUUGUUCGCCCUGCUGGCCUGCUGUGGUGUUCCAGUACUGGAGAAGCGAUUUCAAGAUUCUCAACCGGAACCGGCAGCCUCUCAGGCCGAGAUUUCAAUGGGCGUCCGGCCCUGACCAUUCAAAAAGAUCGGCUAAACACGGCCUCCCUGUUGAUGCACGUGACUCAAGCAUGCGGAGGAA